AAAUGUUCGCAUGCAGUUGCAAAUAUUUCAUUCUUGCACCACACUAUUUCAUAGAACGUUUUGAACUUAUAAUUUUAAACUUUAUGUAAAGAUGACCGGUUUACCUUUUUGACUUUUAUUUGGACAUUGUAUGUUUACAUGCGAACUAAUAUAGUGUUGCAUGACAAUGACUUGGGUUCAGUUGAAGGAUUUUCAAUGUCCAUCAAAACAAUGCCCAUCAAAAGAUCCUUUUACCUGGGUCUGCAAAGCUGAUAAAGAAGACAUGUAUAUCAAUGAAAGAGGGAUAAUGGAAUGCUUCCCGGGAACUCAUUCAGGUAAUGUCUGUGAGUGGGGCUGGAACUGUGGAAGUGACUUUCAUAAAGGCCAAUAUUUCAAAGCUGAUAUAGAAGGCUUUACAUUUGCCUUAUCCCAAGCUGUCCAACUAACCGGCAAGAUGGGCAGUGAAUGGGUUGCCUCAUUGAUUACUGAACUUGGAAAACAAUAUGGAAAAUAAAAGGAAUGCAAAAAAGAUAAAAAUAAAGUGAUAUGAACUGUUUGCAACAUGGGAUAAUGGAUGCAUGACAGACAAGCUUGUUUUGUUAUAUCUAGUGCACUUGCAUAUUAUACAUGUGUAUACUUUCUUUAUUUACAUUAUCUCUCUGUAUUGAUAACUGUUGUUGAUUUGUUUAACUCAUUAACUGGCAUUUCAAUAAAACGUCCAUUUAUUAAG